CUUGAAUCAAAGUGAGAAUAAUUUUGUUUGGAGGUUUUUGAUUAAUUUAAGCUUUUACAGUUCCAACCGCUAAGGCUAACAGGAGGAAAUCUACUAUAUGAACACUGAGAGAGAAAGGAAUUGGGUAACCAAUAUGCAUAAUAUGCAAGCAUGCUUUUUCUAAAAAAAUAAAUAGUUAUAUAAAUAUAGAAUUAAAGAAAUUUUUAGACAUUUUUUUUUAUUUUUGUUGGUUUUCAUAGAAUAGUUGAUUUUGUACUAGAAAAUAAAUUGUUAUACAAAUACUAAUAAAUUUUUGGGCGGGUUUUUUGGUUUUUUAUUAUUAAUUAUUAUGUAUUUAUAAUUAUAAUUUAUAAUAGUAAAUAAUAUUAAAUAUUAAUAAUAUUCUUUGGAGUUAGAAUUAUGUUAAUUCUUGUUUAGAUGUUUUUUUAGAUGAAAUUUUUUAUUUAAAUGUUAUAUAUAAUUGUUUAUUUUUUAAGUUGUAUAUUUAAUAUGGAAAAAAAAUGUAUUAGUUAGGACCAAUUUAGUCCCAUUUUUAGUUCGACUUUUUGGAAAAAUUUAAUCUCUGAUCCGAUUUAGAACUGGUUCCGUCCAAUCCCAAUCAACACCCUUUAAUUUUAGGCAAUUUGAUUGGGCCAAGCGAACAGACUGUGAAACUCAGUCCGGAAUAGGCUUGCAGAUCCUGUCUGGACCAGUCUUGAUGGAUCUAGUCCAACGAAAAGCCCAUCUUCUAUCCAUAGGCCCAUUUAAACCAUAACCUAAGCUAUAUAAACCAUCUUCUUCUAACUAGGCUUUUGCAGCCAUUCUCCUUCUCUGCUUCUGCUGCAACUGGAUUGCUCUCUCAGCUUCUCACAGCAACCAUGAUAAUCCCGGAGAAGAAUCGCAGAGAGAUCUGCAAAUACCUCUUCCAAGAGGGCGUUUGCUAUGCGAAGAAGGACUUCAACCUCGCGAAGCAUCCGGAGAUCGAUGUGCCAAAUCUGCAGGUGAUAAAGCUGAUGCAGAGCUUCAAAUCCAAGGAGUACGUGCGUGAGACUUUCGCUUGGAUGCAUUAUUACUGGUACCUCACCAAUGACGGCAUAGAAUUCCUUAGGACUUACCUCAAUCUUCCGUCCGAGAUUGUGCCUGCUACCUUGAAGAAGUCGGCAAGGCCACUAGGUCGUCCAAUGGGCCCUUCAGGCGAUCGUCCCCGGGGCCCACCAAGGUUUGAUGGUGACAGACCAAGAUUUGGUGACCGGGAUGGAUAUCGUGGGGGCCCUCCCCGAGGACCUCCUGGUGAGUUUGGAGGUGAGAAGGGAGGAGCUCCUGCUGAAUUUCAGCCUUCAUUUAGGGGAUCUGGUGGGGGAAGGCCUGGCUUUGGGCGCGGAGGUGGAGGCUAUGGAGCACCACCGCCUAGUUCAAGCUUUUCAUGAAUCCAUUUAUCUUUUCCAUUUUAUACGGUUUUGGCAUGUUAGGACAUCAAACCUUAAAAUUUAUUUGUUUAAUCAUUAAACAAACCUCGUCUAUUUGGUUUUUGCUUUUUAAACGCAAUAUUGGAUCGUAAUUUGGGUCACAGUAUGUUCAAUGUCCCCCCCCCCCAAAAAGAAAGAAAAGUUGAGUUUUCUUUAGUUU